GUGAGCUGGUGUUGACACCGGACAAGUCCACAGUGCCUGACUCCAUCACAAGCAUCCUAUGGAAGCAUGGGAAGGACAAGGUGGCAGAGUGGGACAAUGAUUUUGGUGGUCUGGACAUCUAUGCUGCCUUCAAAAACCGUACAACCCUGYACCAGACUACUGGAGAGCUGAGAAUCAGUGGAUUGAAGAAAACAGACAUUGGAGUUUAUUCUGUGGAGUUCAACAGCAAACUGCUUGACAAGACAUAUACACUGUCUGUUAUCAAGGCAGUCCCCAAACCCACAAUCACUUCUUCCUGUAACGCCAACCUAACCUCCUGCACUCUGACCUGUGAGGGCAACACCACUGAUGCUGAACCCAUCACCUACAGAUGGAAAGUGGGAGAGGGGGCGUGGGAGGUCGGAGUAGAACAGCUGAUUGUCUCUAAGAGCGACACUGGCAAAUCAACCAAUGGUUACAAGUACACCUGCAAGCUGAAUAACUAUGUUAGUGGGGAAGGGGAAGUCAGUGAGCCAGUUGGAGAGCUGUUUGGUCCAGAGCCUUCCAAUACCAGUGCUAUUGUUGUUGGUGUUAUCGUUACCAUAUUAGUGCUUGUUGCCAUCGCCAUAACAGGAUUUUUGAUAUGGAAAAAAAAGGACAGGCAGCUAAAGGCAGUGAUGUAG